CUAGGCCACAGUGAAGCCAGUCACCUGUCUGAAUCCAGCACCAGCGUGCAACUUUCUGGCGUCUCCCUUCUCGGUAUAUUGCUAUCAUUGAUAUUUUGAGGCAUAUUCUAUGUACUUCAGAUCUUGAGGCAGGAGCGGCGCUGGAUUUACUGGUAUAUUAAGCCGAGCAUAGUGAGGGGAUAUGGAUAAGGGGCGGGUUUUGUUGUGCCGAGGUAUUGGAAUUCUCGAAAUGGGUAGGUGUUGGUUGGUUGGGAUUUUGAUUGUUUUGGCCAAUGCGUGGUCCUUGGUCCAAGGCUACCCCUCAGAAGAUCUGGUGGUGACUCUUCCUGGCCAACCCAAGGUUGAGUUUAGGCAGUAUGCUGGGUACGUUGAUGUGGAUGUUAACCAUGGAAGGAGUUUGUUCUACUACUUUGUGGAGGCAGAUAAGCACGCCGACCAGAAGCCCCUUACUCUCUGGCUCAAUGGAGGUCCGGGAUGUUCUUCCAUCGGAGGAGGUGCCUUCACUGAAUUGGGCCCCUUCUAUCCUCAUGGUGAUGGCCGUAGGCUCCGAAGAAAUAGAAUGUCUUGGAAUAGAGCAUCUAACCUCUUGUUUGUGGAGUCCCCUGCUGGAGUUGGAUGGUCAUACUCAAAUACGACUUCAGAUUAUAACUGCGGAGAUGCUUCCGCCGCCAAUGAUAUGUACUUAUUCAUGUUGAAAUGGUACGAGAAAUUCCCUACAUUCAGAACAAGGGCGCUGUUCCUUACUGGAGAAAGCUAUGCAGGACAUUACAUACCGCAGUUGGCUAAUGCUCUGCUGAACCAUAACGAAGCCUCGAGCGACUUCAAAUUCAAUAUUAAAGGAGUUGCUAUCGGAAACCCACUGCUGAAACUUGAUCGGGACAUUCCAUCAACCUAUGAAUUCUUCUGGUCGCACGGGAUGAUUUCUGAUGAAAUAGGCCUUGCCAUCACGAAUGAGUGCGAUUUUGAUGAUUAUGCGUUUGCAAGCCCUCACAAUGUGUCCCACUCAUGCAACCGUGCCAUAUCAGAGGCAAAUCGCGUAGUUGGGGAAUAUAUCAACAACUAUGAUGUGAUUCUGGAUGUCUGCUACCCAUCCAUUGUUGAGCAAGAACUGAGAUUAAAAAAGAUGGCCACCAAGAUGAGUUUGGGCAUAGAUGUCUGUAUGAGUCUUGAAAGACGUUUUUACCUCAAUCUUCCUGAGGUUCAGAAGGCUCUGCAUGCUAAUCGUACCAAUCUGCCAUAUUCCUGGUCUAUGUGUAGCGCCAUUUUAAAUUAUAGCGACACCGAUGGGAACAUCAAUAUCCUUCCGAUUCUCAAGAGGAUCGUUGAGAAUAAAAUCCCAGUUUGGGUCUUCAGUGGAGACCAAGAUUCUGUGGUGCCAUUAUUGGGUUCUCGAACGCUGAUUCGUGAGCUAGCCCAUGAUCUGAAGUUUGAGGUGACGGUGCCAUAUGGAGCAUGGUUCCACAAAGGGCAGGUUGGGGGUUGGGCAACGGAGUAUGGAAACUUGUUGACUUUUGCGACGGUGAGAGGGGCUGCCCACAUGGUGCCCUAUGCACAGCCUUCAAGAUCUCUCCAUCUCUUCAGUUCAUUUGUGCGUGGCCGCCGAUUGCCCAACGCCACCCGUCCUUCCAUUGAUGGAUAGCCGCAGUUACUUCCCAAACCAAAGGGCCGAUGCAAAAUGUUCUCCUGUGCCCUUCUCGCCAUUGAAUCCUAACAAAAUUGCAUCUUUUAUAUUCUUUAUUUUCAAAAUUUAGAUAGAGAUUCUGCAAAGUAGAUAUUUUUAUUCCCUUUUAUUAAUUAUUUUCAAUUUCAAUUGAUGGCGUUGUCUUUCCAGUUUGCGUCAACUGAAUUAAAAAUUGGUGAGACUUAAUAGUUUUUUUGAUCAUAUAUUUAAUUAAUUAUUUUUUCAUUCCCCGAAA